CUGCAGCAUCCGCCUUUUACGAGGUUGCAUAUGAUCGCCAUAAUGCAGGACGAUGGGCACAUCACGUAAAUAAGCUCUGCUGUUAAAGAUGGUUAAAGAUGCUACGCCCAUCCCGUCGGCCCGUUCAUCUGAUCUCUUGCUCCUCUUUCUCGCUGUACGUCCUGCCAAUCGUUUGAAUACGUCAGUUUUGAGGUCAUUAAUACCAUGUCGCCCGUCACUCGUUUGUUCUCCGCGGCGGCGGUCGCGUCAGUUGCGACUGCGGCUGUGCUUGAUCUGGGCAUUAUUGUCGACAAUGGCUACAAAGUUGUCGAGUUCGGCAUCGGAACCCCAGCCAAGACAUUCCGUCUCCUCUUCGAUACGGGAAGCUCCUCUUCGUGGGCGACCGACAGCCAGUGCCUCGCCAAGGGAAACUGCAACAACGGUAGCGGAUAUGAUCGGACGGGCUACAGCAUCAACGCCUCAACCAGCGGGCACUACACCGGCGAAAGCGCCGUGAUCCCCUACCUCGGAGGCGACGUCGCCGGCCCCACGGUCGCCGAGAAAUGGACCGUCGGCAACUUCACCUGGGACCAGUCCUUCAUCGCCGCGAACGAGAGCAACUGGGCCGCGCUCGCCGCCGACGGCUUCAUGGGCCUUGGCUUCAGCUCCAUCAUAGACGGCGGCGCAAACACUGUAGUCGAGACCCUCAUGGCGGAGAACCGCCUCGACGCGGCCAAGUUUGGAAUCUACUACGGCACCGAGGCUAAGAACACGAGCGGCGUGCCCGGCGACGGCGUCCUGACGAUCGGUGGCUCCCGCGAGGAUGAGUACGUCGAGGGCGACCUCGUUACGAUUCCCAUCACCCGCGUGGACGGCACCUACGAUGUCUGGCGGUCUACGAUACUCAAGGUCAACGGCACACGGACGACGAGCAACGGCAGCGUCAUCGAGACGGAGACGAAUUUCGACCAGGCGCGCGUCGUCUUCGACACGGGCGCGGGGUCCAUCACCCUCCCGACGAAGCAGAACCUAGCCGUGUACGAGUCCAUCGGCAUGAACUACACAAAGAUCCUCAAGGGCGAGCACAUCCCGCUCUGCAGCGAAUUCAACUCGUCGUGGUCUUUCAAGUUUACUUUCGGUGACUACCGGUACCCGCAGACGAUUGAGAUCCCGGGCGACCAGUUGGCGCGGCCAGGGUUUGCGUACCGGGAUGACGCGUGCUGGCCUCCGUUUGAGGAUGGUGCGCAGUCUGGGUUCGUGUUGAUUGGGACGCCGUUGUUGAGGAACUUUUAUACCGUGUGGGAUUAUGGCUCUGCGGCGAACGAGACGGUGAUUGGCAAGUUUGAUCCGACGUUGUCGUUUGGGUACUUGAACAAUAAGACCACGGCAGCGAAGUGAGGGACGGUGGGUGUGGGAUGGUAGUGAUGGGGGCGAGAUUGUAGGAUGGAUCAUAUCAGAACCAGAUUUUUGGAACCCAUCAAAAGAUCCAUGCGAGCAAAUCUUGGAAAUCCUUCAACUUGACAGACCGGGGGUUCAUGCAUCGAUGCGAUCGUGAGCUGAAGAUCUUGGAUCGCACGUGG